AUGUCUGACGAGGAGCAUCACUUCGAGUCGAAGGCCGACGCCGGCGCUUCCAAGACCUACCCACAGCAGGCCGGGACUAUCCGCAAGAACGGCCACAUUGUUAUCAAGGGCCGCCCUUGCAAGGUUGUGGAAGUUUCGACCUCCAAAACUGGAAAGCACGGUCAUGCAAAGUGCCACUUUGUGGCCAUUGACAUCUUUACUGGAAAGAAGCUUGAAGAUAUUGUUCCAUCUUCCCACAACUGUGACGUUCCUCACGUCAAUCGCACUGACUACCAGCUCAUUGAUAUAUCUGAGGAUGGAUUUGUGAGCUUGUUGACUGAGAACGGCAACACUAAGGAUGACCUCAAGCUCCCAACUGACGAGAAUCUGCUUAGCCAGAUUAAGAGUGGUUUUGAGGAGGGAAAGGACCUUGUUGUGAGUGUUAUGUCUGCCAUGGGAGAGGAGCAGAUCUGUGCCCUCAAGGAUAUUGGCCCCAAGAUAGCAAUAUAUCUUACAAAUGGGCUUCUAUCACUUUCCUGCUUAAAAUUUGAUAAAGGCACCGGAAUUCGUUUCCACGCUACCGGAGCUCACUCCUCCGUUCAUCCUCGGUCCGCAGACACCGCCGGCAAGACGAACUUGGUAUCACUGUCGAAGCUCCGAAGAGUGAUGGGUUAUUCAGCCCUCAAUUUAUUUUCUCAGUCCACCUCUAAUUGCACGCUCGAGCUUAAAAUUCCAUUCGCCGGAUACGAUUCGGUAUGUAGUAGUUUUGCCUUUCAGAACUAUAAAUGUCGAAGACCCAUUCCAUACCGGUUACUGGUUUUCGGAAGAAUAAACGAGUGUGGUGUGAGUGGAAAUGUGGUAAAAGAGAUCGAGAGCCCGACAAUGAAAUUUGAUAAAAAGGUUCCGGAUUUGACCGAGGAACAAAUGCUGGCUAUCUCCCAACUUCCUUCCAAGAUGUCAAAUAGAUGCAAGGCUUUGAUGAGAAAAAUAAUUUGUUUUUCGAGCGAAAAUGGGAAUGUUGAUAAUAUGUUGGCUGCUUGGGUGAAGAGCACAAAUCCAAGAAGAGCUGAUUGGCUUUUUAUUCUCAAAGAACUGGAGAGGACGAGUCAUCCGUUGUAUCUCGAGGUGUUUGAAUGCGCCUUCACACAAGACUCAUUUGAGCCCAACAUCCGUGACUACACAAAGAUAAUCCACGCCUACGCAAAGCAAAACAUGCUGCAAAAAGCCGAAAACGCCCUCUCGUCCAUGAAGAACAGGGGUUUUCCAUUCGACCAGGUAAUCCUAACGGCCUUGGUCCACAUGUACAGCAAAUCGGGCCACCUCGAACUAGCCGAACAAUCGUUCGAGGACAUGAAAAUGCUCGGUGUCCCAUUAGACAGAAGGUCUUACGGGUCUAUGAUCAUGUCUUACAUUCGGGCCGGGAAACUGGGCUCUGGAGAGAGCCUGCUUAGGGAAAUGGAGGCCCAAGAUGUUUACGCGGGCCGUGAAGUUUACAAAGCCCUCUUGAGGGCAUACUCGAUGUUGGGGGACAGCUGUGGGGCCCAGAGAGUGUUUGACGCGAUGCAGAUGGCUGGUAACAUCCCGGACGCUAGGGUUUGUGGGCUUUUGAUAAAUGCUUAUCUGGUUUCGGGCCGGAACAGGGAGGCCCGUGUUGCGUUUGAGAACAUGAGGAAAUCGGGUCUGGCGCCGAAUGAUAGGUGUGUGGGCUUGGUGCUGGCGGCUUAUGAGAAGGAGAACAGAUUGAACGAGGCUUUGAGUUUGCUGGUCGAGUUGGAGAGGGAUGGGUUCGUGCUCGGGGAAGAGUCUUUGGGCUUGGUUAUGAAUUGGUUUAAGAAGGUUGGUAUUGAGGAGAAGGUUGAGGAUGUGUUGAGGGAUUUUGUCCCGAGGAGAACAUGA